UAGGGUUUCAGAAGAGAGCGGGAGAUUAAUACCAGAGCCCGUGGAAUUUGUGUUGCGAAAGGGAAUGUGCACUCUCUGAGCUUUCAAUCAAGGAUUAUUUCGUUUGGUUCCGUAGGUUCAAAGCUAUCUUUUUCUGUUACUCGUCGAUUCGUUGCAUUUUAUUUCAAAGUCCGAUCACCAUUCGGAAGAUUAGGGUUUCUUCAUCCGAUAUUGGAAUUCGAGAGCAAGAUAGAAAGAUAUUAGGGUUAGGGCUUUGGUUCUGUUGGAUUUGGAUUCUCUAAGAUGAAAAUCAGUGAAUUGGAGGAUGGCGAAUCGGAUGGAAAAGAUCUCGUUGUUUCUCGGCGAGAGAUCGUUCGAGUAGAUGCGAAGAGAGCGUUGGUUGGAGCCGGGGCUCGAAUUCUCUUCUAUCCGACGCUUUUGUACAAUGUCUUUCGGAACAAGAUUCAGGCAGAAUUCAGAUGGUGGGACGAAGUCGAUCAGUUUCUUUUGCUGGGGGCCGUUCCAUUUCCCAAUGAUGUUCCUCGCUUGAAGCAGCUUGGUGUUCAGGGUGUCAUCACCCUCAAUGAACCAUAUGAGACUUUGGUUCCAACGUCUUUAUACCAUGCUCACGGGAUUGACCACCUAGUGAUUCCUACACGAGACUACCUCUUUGCUCCUUCAUUUGUGGAUAUUAGCAAAGCCGUGGACUUCAUUCAUAGGAAUGCAUCAUGCGGUCGGACUACAUAUGUUCACUGUAAAGCUGGGCGAGGGCGUAGUACAACUAUUGUCCUCUGUUAUUUGGUGGAAUAUAAAAAUAUGACACCCACUGCUGCUCUGGAAUAUGUCCGAUCAAGAAGACCUCGGGUGCUCUUAGCUCCUUCACAAUGGAAGGCAGUUCAAGAAUAUGGGAGGCAGCGAUUACACUUCCCUGCAAUUCAAAGCCAGAUUCCAUUAAGCUCUCCCACAAGUGAUGAAGUUCUCAUAACGGAGGCAGAUCUCGAGGGUUAUGGUGCCCGUGACAAUGCAUGCAAAGAGCUAAGCAUCACACUCAGGACAGUGAGUCGGAGGCCCAUGAUUGCAAGGCUGUCUUGCCUUUUUGCUUCCUUGAGAGUUUCCAACGGUUCCUCACCUGUUGCUGGACGGUUACCCGAGAUACGUGCUUGCUAGGAAGGAGAUUUGUUGGCUUUGUGCAACGAUCAUGGCCUUGAAAGAAAUCUGUAUAGUAAUAAGUUCGAAACUUUCUUCACUUGAAGAGGAAAAAAGAAAAGGAAAUGAUAAACAAAUUUCAAAACAUUU